GCUGAGCAUGCGUAAAUAAACGUGGCGGGACGUAUGUGUCAUGGCGCUCUCCAUCUAAAGUCUGUACAGCUUUCGGAGAGUGGCGGGUUGGUUCUCUCACUUUGGACUGGUUUUUACUUCCCGACUUCUGGACUCAUCUUUCAAGAGGACUUUAGACUAAUUGCAGAUAAUUAAGAGAAUAUGCCUUCUGCAUCUUGUGAUACACUACUGGAUGACAUCGAAGAUAUCGUGUCUCAGGAAGAUUCAAAACCACAAGAUAGGCAUUUUGUAAGAAAGGAUGUUGUCCCGAAGGUACGAAGGCGAAAUACCCAAAAAUAUUUGCAAGAGGAAGAAAACAGUCCACCAAGUGACAGCACUAUUCCAGGCAUACAGAAAAUUUGGAUACGAACAUGGGGUUGUUCUCAUAAUAAUUCAGAUGGAGAAUAUAUGGCUGGACAGCUAGCUGCUUAUGGCUAUAAAAUUACAGAAAAUGCAUCCGAUGCAGAUUUAUGGCUCCUGAACAGUUGCACUGUAAAAAAUCCAGCUGAAGACCACUUUAGAAACUCAAUUAAAAAAGCUCAAGAGGAGAACAAGAAAAUCGUACUGGCUGGAUGCGUUCCUCAAGCCCAGCCUCGCCAGGACUACCUUAAGGGACUGAGUAUCAUUGGGGUUCAACAGAUAGAUCGUGUGGUAGAAGUUGUGGAGGAAACAAUUAAAGGUCACUCUGUGAGACUGCUGGGUCAGAAAAAGGAUAAUGGAAGGCGGCUUGGGGGGGCACGAUUGGAUUUGCCGAAGAUUAGGAAGAAUCCACUGAUAGAAAUCAUUUCCAUCAAUACCGGGUGUCUCAAUGCUUGUACCUACUGCAAAACUAAACACGCCAGAGGAAAUUUGGCCAGUUAUCCAAUUGAUGAACUAGUAGAUAGAGCCAAACAAUCUUUUCAAGAGGGUGUUUGUGAGAUAUGGUUGACCAGUGAAGACACGGGGGCUUAUGGCAGAGAUAUUGGCACCAAUCUCCCCACACUCCUGUGGAAACUGGUUGAAGUGAUUCCUGAGGGAGCAAUGCUGAGGCUUGGCAUGACAAAUCCACCCUAUAUUUUAGAGCAUCUGGAGGAAAUGGCGAAAAUCCUUAAUCACCCCAGAGUCUACGCUUUUCUGCACAUACCAGUCCAGUCUGCCUCCGACAGCGUACUCAUGGAAAUGAAAAGAGAAUACUGUGUGGCUGACUUCAAAAGAGUAGUGGAUUUUCUGAAAGAGAAAGUUCCUGGAAUAACUAUUGCUACAGAUAUUAUCUGUGGUUUUCCUGGAGAAACAGAUCAGGAUUUUCAAGAAACAGUGAAACUUGUUGAAGAGUACAAAUUCCCCAGCCUCUUUAUUAACCAAUUUUACCCAAGACCAGGAACUCCUGCUGCAAAAAUGGAACAAGUUCCAGCACAAGUGAAAAAGCAAAGGACAAAAGAUCUUUCUCGGGUAUUUCAUUCUUACAGUCCAUAUGAUCACAAGAUUGGUGAAAGACAACAAGUGUUAGUAACAGAAGAAUCUUUUGAUUCCAAGUUUUAUGUUGCACACAAUCAAUUCUAUGAGCAGGUUUUAGUGCCAAAGAACCCUGCGUUCAUGGGGAAAAUGGUUGAAGUGGACAUCCAUGAAUCAGGCAAACAUUUUAUGAAAGGGCAGCCAGUAUCUGAUGCCAAAGUGUACACGCCCUCCAUCAGCAAACCACUAGCAAAGGGAGAAGUCUCAGGUUUGACAAAGGACUUCAGAAAUGGGCUUGGGAGCCAGCUGAGUUCAGGAUCCCACACCUCUGCUGCAUCUCAGUGUGACUCAGCGAGUUCCAGAAUGGUGCUGCCCAUGCCAAGGCUGCAUCAAGACUGGGCGCUGAGGAUGUCCGUGGGCUUGGCUCUGCUGGCUCUUCUUUUUGCUUUUUUUGUCAAGGUCUAUAAUUAGAAUACAACUAAUUGAGGCAUCUGUAAAGAAGAAUACAUUUCUAAUUAAAAUCUUCAAUGAACAGGAAAGCGA